CUUAGGGCCUCCAGAACACGGGUUUCGGUGGAGGAGAGGAUGCCUCCUGGGCUGAUGAGGGGGCAUUGGGAAAGGGAAAUAGAAGAAUGAGGAGGGGGUCCAGCUCCGCCCCGAUUUUACCCCUGUUAGGGGGAGGGGAAGGGCGUAGAGCGGAGAGACUAGGGGAGGGGAGAAAGCUCCGUCGGGAUCUGUAGACCGGGAGGGCAGGGACUUUGGGAGUCUCCUUUGCAGCUUCACGAAGUACUUUGCUUCUCCUCCUCCUCGGGGGGUGGGGGUUGAUCUCUUUCCUUCCUCCCGGGGGAAGAUGUUGAAUCGGGGUCCCGUCCUUCGGCCGCUGUGAGCGUAGAAGGAGCAGGAGAGAAGCAGCACCUUGCUGCAGCCAGUUUCAUGCAGGCUCCCGGGAAAGCCGCCGCCACUGCUGCCGCUGCUACUCUUGCGUGAUUGCUGCCCAUUGAGAUCAGGACUUCGAGGGCGGGCCAGGGCUGGCGCCUGGAGAUGGCGGAUACCAGAUCUGUGCAUGAAACCAGGUUCGAGGCGGCCGUGAAGGUGAUUCAGAGUUUGCCGAAAAAUGGUUCCUUCCAGCCAACAAACGAAAUGAUGCUCAAGUUCUACAGCUUCUAUAAACAAGCCACCGAAGGGCCCUGCAAUAUCUCGAGACCUGGAUUCUGGGAUCCCAUUGGGAGAUAUAAAUGGGAUGCUUGGAGUUCACUGGGUGAUAUGACCAAAGAAGAAGCUAUGAUUGCCUAUGUUGAAGAAAUGAAAAAGAUUCUUGAGACCAUGCCAAUGACGGAGAAAGUUGAAGAAUUACUCCAUGUAAUAGGUCCAUUCUAUGAAAUUGUAGAGGACAAAAAGAGCAGCAGAAGUUCUGAUUUAACCUCAGAUCUGGGCAAUGUUCUGUCUUCCACUCCAAAUGUCAAAACUGUAAAUGGGAAAGCUGAAAGCAGUGAUAGUGGCGCCGAGUCUGAGGAAGAAGAGGCCCAAGAAGAAGUCAAAGAAGCAAAGCAGAGUAAGAAAGUGAUGCCAGAGCCAGGUGACGAUAAAGACUUGGAAAUUGUUUUCACCAACGGUUAUGACAAAGACAGCCUUCUUGAAGAUGUACCGGAUGAUAUUCAUGCCAAUUCUUCCCUAAAUGCCACAAGCACCGAGGAAGUGAAGAAUGUGGACCCAGACUUAAAACAAACUGGACAAACUCCUGUCGGCAUCCAUCCAGGCACAUAUGAUGAUCAUAUUGAAGAUAUUUCUGGAAUUCAGCAUUUGACAAGUGAUUCAGACAGUGAAGUUUACUGUGACUCUAUGGAGCAAUUUGGACAAGAAGAGUCUUCAGAAAUCCUUUCAUCAAACAAAGGACCAUUUAGAUAUUCAUCUAAUUAUGUGGGAGGUGAUCACAGUCAACUUUUGGAAAAUUCUGGUCUUCCUGAAGAAGUUUGCAUUGCCUCCGGAAAUUCUAGUCUGCAGAUGAUCGCUGUGGAAGGAAAAGGAGAAGUCAAACAUGGAGGAGAAGAUGGCAGAACCAAUAGUGGAGCACCCCAGAGAGAGAAGCGCGGUGGGGAAAAGGAGGAAUUCUCUAGUGUCAGAAGGGGGAGAGGCCACCGGAUGCAGCACUUGGGGGACGGGAUUCCCAGCGGACACAUGGGCAGUGGAGGCGACGGCGAACGGUGGGGCUCUGACAGAGGAGCGGGGGGCAGCCUCAAUGAGCAGAUCGCAGUGGCCCUCAUGCGCCUGCAAGAAGAUAUGAAGAACGUCCUGCAGAGACUGCACACGCUGGAGACGCUGGCUGCAUCCCAGGCAAAAUCAUCAGCAUUGCAGACUGAUAACCGGCCUCCCUCAUUGAAACCAUCAUGGUGGCCGUUUGAGAUGUCUCCUUGUGCAUUCACCUUCGCUAUUGUAUGGCCUUUUAUUGCUCAGUGGCUGGUACACUUAUAUUAUCAAAGAAGAAGAAGGAAACUGAACUGAGUAGGGGAGGCGCCAUCCAACCGACCAAAAAGGAGCUGGUGUGCCCCAGGAAUCACAGGCUCCACGACGACUGGACUGCUUUUGUGGCUUCGGCAGCCUUGGGCGGGUGGGGAGGUGUCAGGAUUUUGUUCUUUUAGCACUACAAAGAUGAUAUCUUCGAGACUAAUUACUAUUACUGAUACUUGAACGAUCAUUCUCAGCUAGAUAACAAAUAGUAUACAUAGAAUUAUCCCACCCUUGGACCUGAAGGACAUUAAAUUAAUUAUUGUUUGGUAACAUUAACCCAAAUACCUCCAGUGUAGAAACACGAACUGCUUUUUCAGCACACAGUGAUAAUGAGACCAGAUUUUUUAUGUUUUUUUGGUUAUAAACUAACCAGGGGUGGGGUGGGGGGGUGCAGCCCUGAAUGUGUGAAAGGAUGUGACUCGGGCACAAACCUAGAUUUCAAAUGAAAAUCAGUUGACUUCGUAGCGUAGUCACCGAGUUAGCAUGGCACGGAAGGAUGAACUGCCAAGGGAGGCUCUUUCACAGUUCACUUGGUGGACUGCCCAAUGCUUUGCUCUCCUAAUAAGUGGGGGACUUGACAGUCCUGACCUUGUGCAGGCAUCUUCCUUCCUACCCAGAUGUGACCCAGGGCUCCCACCUGAACAGAGUGGAAGUGAUUUGCUUGUACUCUGCUCAUUCAGUUUCUGGAAACAGUUCAAGGGAGGUGCAUGUCCUGCAUGAUGGAAGGGAGGAAAUAGGCUUGAUGUUUCAGAGUAUAAACUGACGCUGCAAUGUAUAAAUAAUAGUUUGAUUCAAUCAUCUAGACCUAUUCCUUGGAAAUCACUUUAGGGGAAGAACUAUAGUUUCUGCACGGGGUGCUUUGAAAUAUAAAACGAAAACUUAUUUAUACUGGAGUUUGUUUUUUUUUAAGGACAGAGAACUCAUGACUCAACAAAUGAUUUUCAGUAAUUCAUGUUGCCAUGAAUAAAUCACUUAACCUCUUAGUGCCUCAGUUUAUCCAUCUGGGGAUAAUGUUUGCAAUAUAUCUAACCACAGGGAUGUUGUAAAGAUAAUGUGAGAUAACUGGGCUUUUGGGUGCCACGCGAUUAAACUCCAUCUCAAAUGACAGAAACUUUCAAAGGCAUAGUAGAUUUUGGCUUUGAGGAUAGAAAGAUUUGAAUUGGUGUCUUGGGAAGUCCUCCCUGGGCCAUCGUUAUUUCUUUGUACAUGAUCCUUAUGAUAGGAGUCAACUUCUGAAAAGUCCUUGGCUCCUUCUUUACUAGCAUGUGCAUUAAGAUUCCCUGAGAAAAGUCAUGGUGUCAUGUAGUUGUAUCUUGGAAAAUGAAUCCGGCGCUGUAUUGAAUACAGUGUGUUUUUAAUUAGAAAAUGGAAGCAAAUUAUGCAAGGAUGGCCUUUUUCUAAAGGUGAAAUAUAUAUAUUUUUAAAUGGACUUUCCCAAGUUCUUUCUUUUCCUUAUAUAUCUCCCUUGCAAGCUUCUUCUUUGAUUGCAUCUGGGUAAAAGAGUAACUGCUAAUAUCUGCUUAAGGAGGAAACAAGCAAAACCCCUACCAUUUUGAGAAAAAAACAAGGCCACUUGAAUUACAUAUGAAAAAAGAUCAAACCUAUAUGAAUGAAGGAAUAGCUAUAAAACUUUAUUUUCAAAAAGGGACACAGAUGGGCUUUUGGACUAGUUUAAUUAGACUUCAUGAAUGUAAGCAGCUGUGAUCAACUGCAGGUAGUUCAGGGGUCAUCAUCUCUUGGGGUUAAAACUUUCUAUCCUGUCCCAAAGUCUUAUUUUAUAGUUUGAAAAGCACUUUGCACACAGCUCUUGUAUAUAAAAACAAAGAUGUAAUUUUAGGAUUUAAUGUUCAUGCUUUGUUUAACAAAACCUGAUUUUAAAUGGACAAUGGUAUUUUUUUUAAUGAAAUGUUUCUUCUCUUCAGUUUAUUUACUGUAAAGCCGAGUCCAAAAUAAAAACAGUAAUGAUAAA